AUGGCUGCCACUGCCAUGUCCUCCUCUCCUGCACUAGUGCCAUCUGCGCCGUUGCCUGAAAGCUCGUCCGACAUUGUCGUCCGUCCGUUCCGCCCGAAUGACAUGGCCCAAGUAAUUGAGCUUUUCAAAGAGGGCAUGCCCGUGAAAGGGUCUGACCCAGUAAUGGACGAGUACAUUGUCACCAGUCUGGAAACGGACCUCAGCGAUAUCGACGGCACGUACAUCAAGCCUGGCGGCAACUUUUGGAUCGCCACGCCUCGUGACGACCCGACGCUCGUUGUGGGCACGGUCGGGCUCGAAGCGAAGUCCAAGCACGAAGGUCGGGUUCGGCGAUUGUCGGUCAAGAGUACACAUCACCGACGUGGCAUUGGCCGACUGCUCAUCUCGACGCUAGAGCACUGGGCAGUUGGCCACCAGAUCGACCAGCUCUGGCUUACCACGGGGGAUUUCAUGGAUAAAGCACGGGGCUUUUACCGCUCAGCAGGAUACACCGAGACAGACGUCAUUAUCGUUCGUGACGAGCCUCGUCUAGCGAGGAUCAAGAUUGAAAAACGCUUGCACGUGUCCAGUCACGGGCGCACUUGUCCACGAACUGCAUAA